UGGGGGCGGCGGGGGCGGAGGUGGAAGCGGCGGUGGCUCACGGGAUCGAGAUGACUGUGGCUCAUCGCACGACGGCAACGGUAAGAUGAACAGAAUCCCGGCAAACCUCUUGGACCAGUUCGAGAAGCAGCUCCCGUUGCACCGCGACGGCUUUCACACCCUGCAAUACCAGAGGACCCACACCACCACCACGGAGCAGCGCAACGAGAGCCCGGGCAGGAUCCGGCACCUCGUCCACUCCGUCCAGAAGCUCUUCACCAAGUCCCACUCUCUGGAGGGCUCGUCCAAGAUGAACGGCACCAAGGGGGAUUCCCACAGAGAAGGCUCCCACCACCAUCACGGUCACCACGGUCACCACGGUCACCACGGUCACCACAAACACAGCAAGCGCGGCAAGAGCAAAGAGCGCAAGUCGUCCGACAGCAGCGGCAAGCAGCGCUCCGGGGUGGCAGGCUGGUGGAGCUCCGACGAUAACCUGGACAGUGACAGCACAUACCGGACGCCCAGCGUCAUGUCCCGCCAACCCGUGGACCACAUCAGCCACUGCUACCCCGACUCAGUCCACGGCCACUACGGGGACCUGUCGCUCAAGACCUCCAAGAGCAGCAAUGACGUCAAGUGCUCUGCGUGCGAGAGCGUGGCCAUGGCUCCUGAGGGGAAGUUCAUGAAGAGGAGCUCCUGGUCAACGCUGACCGUCAGCCAGGCCAAGGAGGCUUACAGGAAGUCCUCGCUCAACCUAGAGAAACCCAUGACCCCUGCUGACCUCAAGCCCAAUCUCAGGGCCUGCCACUACCUGCAGGUACCUCAUGAUGAGUGGAGUGGUUACCCUGGGGGAGGUAAGGAUGAUGAGAUCCCAUGUCGGAGGAUGCGCAGCAGCAGUUAUGUCAAAGCAAUGGGGGAUGAAGAGAGUGGUGAGUCAGACUCCAGCCCUAAGACCUCCCCCGUGAAGACAGUCCGCCCGGACGCUCUGGUCAAGUCUGUUAUGCAGAGGCCACUCCUGGACUCCCAGAGCUCUUACCGGGUGGAAAACAUGAACAGUGACGUGUGUAACUACAUCACCCAUUUUGCUUCAGACUUAAGUCACAGCUACCAGUUGCAGGCCUCCAGAGAGAUGCAUCCCCACCCCAGCAUGGCCCUUGAACAAUCCCUCCCAGCGGCACAGUUCCGCUCCAGGAACCAGAGCUACAUGCGGGCGGUGAGCACACUCAGCCAGGCCAGCUGUGUCAGUCAGGUGAGUGAGUCAGAGAUAAACGGUCAGUUUGAGUCGGUGUGUGAGUCGGUGUUCAGCGAGGUGGAAUCUCAAGCUGUGGAAGCUCUGGACCUGCCUGGGUGCUUCCGGACACGGAGCCAUAGCUACUUGAGAGCCAUCCAGGCUGGCUACUCCCAGGAUGAUGACUGCAUCCCCUCCAUGACCUCCUCCACUGUCACCUCUACCAUCAGAUCCACCACCGGGAUCCAGUUCCGCCUCCCCUCUACCUGCAGCAUUGACCGGACGACCCACGAAACCCCAGCGGUGACAUACACAAACAACUACAAGAAGACCACGCCUCCGCCGGUCCCGCCCCGAUCCGCCUCGGGCUCCAAGCCCCUCAUCUCCGUCACGGCCCAGAGCAGCACCGAGUCCACCCAGGACACCUACCGCGAGGGCAGGCAUGCUGGAGGAUGGGGGGACGGGCUGGGCCUGAACCUUGGUAGGGCCUUGUAUAACUCCACAGACAGCCUGGACAGUGCCAAGGCCGUGUCUAUAGCCAUGGAGGCGGCAGGGGCGAUGCCUGGGAAGAGGCCCCCAUCCACAGACAGUCACAACUCCGUGAAGACCUGUGAUAAAGCCAUUCUGGUGUCCAAGGCUGAGGAGUACCUCAAAACGCCGCGCUCUUCAAUAGGGAUACAGGUGGAAGCCGCCACAGACUCAGAGUCAGAAAGCAAAGGGUCACGGGAAUACCACUCUGUGGGAAUCCAAGUGGAAGACGACAAACGAGGGCAGGGCAGGUUCAAGCGCUCCAACAGUGUGACAGCCUCCGUUCAGGCUGACAUGGAGAUGGAGGGCUUUCCCACUAUGGAGGACAAGGGCUUGCAGUUUGGCGGGGGCUUCCUGGGGGGGCACUCUGAGCCCAGCACGCCCACUCAGUACGGCGUUCGCACUGUCCGCACCCAGGGCCUAUUUAGCUACCGAGAGGACUACCGGACCCCCACUGAGCCCCCGAGCCCACAGCAGACCUCCAGCGAGACCACCUGGCAACUAGAGACACCCUCACCGAGGGAGCCCGCAGUGUCGCCGGGCGAGUCAGGCCGGGUGUCCCCAGCAUUGCGGAGAGAUGGAAGCUGGUUCAUGCAAAUGCUCCACACAGAGACCAAGAAGAUGGAGGGGUGGUGUAAAGAGAUGGAGGCAGAGGCGGAGGAGAACGACCUCUCUGAGGACAUCCUUGGUAAGAUCAGAAGUGCAGUAGGCAGUGCCCAGCUUCUCAUGUCUCAGAAAUUCCAGCAGUUUUACUGGCUGUGUCAGCAGAACCUGGACCCCAGUGCCAUGCCCCGCCCCACCUCUCAGGACCUUGCUGGAUUCUGGGACCUCCUGCAGCUGUCCAUCGAUGACGUCGGUGCCAAGUUUGAUGAGCUGCAGCAGAUCAAGAACAACGACUGGAGGCCAGUGGAGAAGAGCCCAGACAAGAAGCUACCACCUGUCGUACCAAAGAAAUGCAUGAUGGGGAAGAGAGGGAUGACCAGGGAAAAGUCUCUGGACCUUCCAGACCGCCACCGCCAGGAAGCGCGCAGGAGGCUGAUGGCCGCGAAACGGGCCGCUUCCUUCCGUCAGAACUCAGUGUCAGAAAGAGCAGACAGCAUCGAAAUCUACAUCCCCGAGGCCCAGACUCGCCUUUGAGAGAAUGGGGUCAGCCCCCCCCCCCG